UUGACACGCAGCAGAUCCAAACGCAACAUUCAACAUGUCUGGAAGAGGUAAAGGAGGCAAGACUAAGGGCAAGUCCAAGACCCGUUCAUCCCGCGCUGGACUCCAAUUCCCCGUCGGACGUAUCCACCGUCUGCUCCGCAAGGGUAACUACGCUGAGCGUGUUGGUGCCGGAGCGCCAGUCUACCUGGCUGCCGUUAUGGAAUACUUGGCCGCUGAAGUUCUCGAGUUGGCCGGUAACGCCGCCCGUGAUAACAAGAAGACCAGGAUCAUCCCCCGUCACUUGCAGUUGGCCAUCCGUAAUGACGAGGAACUGAACAAGCUCCUCUCUGGCGUCACCAUCGCCCAAGGAGGUGUUUUGCCCAACAUUCAGGCUGUGCUUCUGCCCAAGAAGACCGAGAAGAAGGCAUAAGCUGUCUCCCUCCAGUCGUCUCUUCACUUUAAAACGGCCCUUUUCAGGGCCACCAAA